AUGGACCUUGAGCUCGAAACCUUCAUGAAUACCGAUUUCGACUUUGACGUCAACGUCGACGUGGACAUGAUGAUGCGCCUCGAUGCUCCCGCUAAGCAGCAGCUGUCAAUAUUGCCGCCUACUUCACAAGUCGAGGUGCCACCGAAACCGCCAUCAUCAAUGGUUGGGCAGCUCGAGGACGCCUGGGACCGACUGUUCGCCUCCCAUUCGAGACUGGCGCCACACGCGUGCAUUACGAAAGACCGGGCUGCUGAUCGCCAAUCGCAGAGCCGGCUACCCCUCGACCUACUGGUCUUCCUUGACGAGGUUGUCCAUCAGACCAUAUCGACCGUAUUGUCGUGUGGAGUCUGCAGCAGGGAGCCUCGUGUGCGGCUCACGCUGUACCUCCACGUCGACUGGUUAGCCGAUGUUUUGAGGGUGACCUUGGAGACGGACCUUUUGAGGUCCUCAUCAUCCCAUAAAGGGCUCGAGGCCGUCAAGGAUACACAUCCGGGUACUCCGUUUACAAGUGUAGCCAGCUCAGACAAGGACGUAAACCUAGCAUCGAAGACUGGCAUGAGGAAGCAAGAAGAUAUUAAGGAUGACGGUUUGGAGCGCAGCUGGGAACACGAGACGAAUCGUCUAAAGCUUGGGUCUUUCAAUUUGGAGCGGGAGCUCUGGCAGAUAUGCAUUCGGGAACUCCUCAAGACGCGGCUAAACCGCCUUUCCCGAACAGUGGAACGGAUACGCGGAAGCAAAGAUAGAGAUGAUCAUCACGAAGGAGUGGGCUACGUAAGAAGUAGUGUUACCUCUUCGUCAUUAGACAGGGUCCUGGUCAGCAUGACGGCGGAUGUUUAUGCAAAGAUUGAGUUUUUGUUUGGAAUGAUGGAGCUCUGGGAGGCCUGA